AUGCUGGAUCUGGAGGUGGUGCCCGAGCGCUCUCUGGGCAACGAGCAAUGGGAGUUCGCGCUCGGUAAUGCCGCUGGCUCAGGCUGUAGCGAUUCUUCAGAAACACUGUCGCAUUAUCAAAAACGUCCAGGUUCUCUACAGUGAGCAGUCACCUCUUAGCCAUGACCUCAUCCUUAACCUGACUCAGGAUGGAAUCAAACUGCUGUUUGAUGCUUUCAAUCAGAGACUUAAGGUGAUUGAAGUUUAUGACUUGACUAAGGUGAAGUUAAAAUAUUGUGGUGUCCAUUUUAACUCUCAGGCAAUCGCUCCAACCAUAGAACAAAUUGAUCAGUCAUUUGGAGCAACACAUCCAGGAGUGUAUAAUUCAGCUGAACAACUCUUUCACCUCAAUUUCCGAGGACUGUCGUUUUCCUUUCAGCUAGACUCAUGGACUGAAACUCCGAAGUACGAGCCUAACUUUGCCCAUGGUCUAGCUUCUCUGCAAAUCCCCCAUGGUGCGACUGUGAAACGCAUGUACAUCUACAACGGAAACAGCCUGCAGGAUACCAAGGCUCCCUUGAUGCCUCCCAGCUGUUUUCUCGGUAACGUGUACGCAGAGAACGUCGAUGUUCUGCGAGAUGGAACUGGACCCUCAGGUUUACGACUUCGCCUCCUCACUGCAGGUUGUGGCCUGGGCGUUUUAGCCGAUGCCAAGAUGCGGGUAUUUGAGCGCUGUGUGUACUUUGGUGAUUCAUGCCAGGAUGUGCUCAGCACUUUGGGAUCUCCACACAAAGUCUUCUACAAGUCUGAAGAUAAGAUGAAAAUCCAUUCGCCCUCUCCCCAUAAGCAGGUUCCAUCAAAGUGCAAUGACUACUUCUUCAAUUACUUCACACUUGGAGUGGAUAUUCUCUUUGAUGCAAACACUCACAAGGUUAAGAAAUUUGUCCUGCAUACAAAUUAUCCUGGUCAUUACAACUUUAACAUCUACCAUCGCUGUGAAUUCAAGAUUCCACUAGUCAUUAAGCGAGAUAGUGCUGAUUCACAGACUGAAACAUGUACAACAUACAGCAAGUGGGAGAGUAUUCAAGAUCUUCUGGGGCACCCCGUAGAGAAGCCAGUGGUACUACACAGGUCGUCCUCUCCGAACAACACUAACCCAUUUGGAUCAACUUUUUGCUUUGGAUUGCAACGAAUGAUCUUUGAGGUGAUGCAGAAUAAUCACAUAGCUUCUGUCACUCUGUAUGGCCCCACGAGGCCCAGCAGCCAGUUGAGAACAUCGGAUCUUCCCCAGUGAGCAUCCCCUGCAAAGUCAGCUACUCUAAAUGCUACAGAAUUAGUACAGCGUGCCUUGAUUUGCUGCCACUUAUAAUAUGGAAAGCACGUUUUUUUUUUUCUUUUUUUUUGUUUUUAAAUAAGCCUUUCCACCCAGGAACGGUGUGGAGGGGCAAUUUUCUCAACCCUUCAUCAUGGGGCAUGGAACUUUUGAUGGAGGAAAGCAGCUUAGGUGCCUGUGCCGUCGUUUAUUCCUCUCAGUUGCCCUCAUCCUAUGCAGCACAGACGCGGAGAGACUGUCUCCCCUUCUCGGAUGGCAGAAGGGGAAAGUGGAAGAGGAGCACGUAAUAACUGCAAGAGUUAGAAGCACAAACUUUCUGAGCCUUGGAGCAUCUGGAAGCAGGUAUUGAUUUUAGUCUGUUUGUGUUACUGUAUUGAUGUGGUGGUCACAUUUUAAGAAAAACGUGUGUGUGUAUAUAUAGAUAUAAACACAUCGGUAUUUCUGUGGCUUAGGACAUUGUACCAAGUGUGACAAGGGUGUAUAUAUGUCCAUGAUUUCAGGCACCACAUCUUUGUGUAACUUCAAACCAAGCAAGUAGCAUGUGCAUAAUACUUGGUUGUAACAUUUGCACUACAUACACUUUAAGUACUUGAUAAACGUUUAUCUUCACUGAGGAGCAUCUGUGUACUGGGUGUGAGUGGGGUGUGAUGGUUAUUUAAUGUACGCUGCGCAUAAAGCUUAUUUAUACAGUGGAUCAAAUUAAUCCACCUUCCUGCACUAAUAAUUACUUGUUGUGCUGAAACAGAUUUUUUUUUUUUUUCUGCCAUGACUGGUUUACUAAUUUUUCAUAUGCAGCUUCCAAAAAAAAAACAUUCUGGAAGAGGAUAUUUCUAUGACUGAAUUAUAUUUUUAGUGAAGACGUUUGAUACAAUUUUUCUUACUGCGGAAAAAUUGGAACGAGAAUUAGUGUUGCCUCAUUUGCA